CAGAGUCAGCCUACAGGCAUCUCGUUACAAGGGACGGUGCCAAAGUUCAGAGCUUUCAGCAGACCUAUAUAAGAGCAGUGGAUGCUUGCCUGGCUGACCAAAGUCACACUCUGUGUCAAUAAAAAGAGGUGGUCGCUUUGUGUUACUCAACACCUACAGCCCAGCGUGCCUCGUUAAUCUGAGGGCAGACAGCACAGGGAAGCCUGAAUGUCAAGUUGCACAAGAGUUAAAGAAGCUUGGGGUUUGGCUACAAACAGGAGCUGAACGCUACAGAAUGGUUUGCUAUUGAAGAAAGUCCAGGAAAGAGUACGGGAAGCCUUCAGCCCGUGUUUGCUACGAGUCACGAAGAGUUAGCGAACUGAGUGCAACAGAGAGGGGAAGAUUAUACAGCGGGGCGAUGGGGCUUCAGUGGCAGGCUUUGGCUUGCAUCCUGUCGGCUAUUUUGCUGGGACAAGCCCAGGGCGGGGUGCUGAAGGAUAUCCUCAGGCACAAGCGGAGCCCGGUGGAGCCGGAGGAGGAGAACGUCACUCUGCCCCUCGGGACUCAGCCCAUAAACUUCAACCACGUCUACAACAUCAACGUGCCGCUGGGGGCUCUUUGCUCCGUGGACCUGGACUCGCCGGACGGCUGCCUGAGUGCUACGGCCGAUUCCGGCGACCACCACAUAGAGCACACGGUGGACGGGGAGAACCAGAUUGUCUUCACUCACCGCAUCAACAUCCCGCGGCAGGCCUGCGCCUGCGGACAGGCUCCCGACCUGCAGGAUCUCCUCCAACGCCUGGAGCUGCUGGAGGGCCAGGUGUCCUCUCUCAGGGACCAGUGCGCCAACGGAGGCUGCUGCGGGAACGGCGCCCAGUCGGGAACCGGUCGGGUGGACGUUAAGCCCUUCUGCGGCGGCCACGGCAACUACAGCACCGACUCGUGCGGCGGGUGCGUGUGCGACCCGGGCUGGAGCGGACCCAACUGCACCGAGUCCCGGUGCCCGGACGACUGCGGCGACCAGGGCCGGUGCGUGGACGGCGCCUGCCAGUGCUUCGAGGGCUAUGCGGGCGCGGGCUGCGACCGGGAGCUGUGCCCGGUGGACUGCGGGCAGCACGGCCGGUGCGCGGACGGCGAGUGCGUGUGCGACGAGGGCUUCACCGACCACGACUGCUCCGAGAUCAUCUGCCCCCGCGACUGCUACGACCGCGGGCGGUGCGUCGAGGGGCAGUGCUUCUGCGACCAGGGCUUCGCCGGCGAGGACUGCGGGGAGCUGUCCUGCCCCGGGGACUGCCGCCAGCGGGGCGCGUGCGUCGAGGGCCGGUGCGUGUGCCAAGAGGGCUUCGCCGGGGAGGACUGCGGGCGGCCGACCUGCCCCGGGGACUGCCGCCGCCGCGGGCUGUGCCUGGGCACCGGGGAGUGCGUGUGCGACCAGGGCUUCACCGGCGAGGACUGCGGGGAGCUGUCCUGCCCGAGCGACUGCCACGACCGGGGCGCGUGCGUCGAGGGCCGGUGCGUGUGCCAAGAGGGUUACGCGGGCGAGGACUGCGGGCGGUGGUCGUGCGCCAACGACUGCCACGACCGGGGCGCGUGCGUCGAGGGCCGGUGCCUGUGCCGGGAGGGCUUCGCCGGCGAGGACUGCGGGGAGCUGUCCUGCCCCGGGGACUGCCGCCAGCGGGGCGCGUGCGUGCGGGGCCGGUGCGUGUGCGGCGAGGGUUACGCGGGCGAGGACUGCGGGCGAGUGCGCUGCCCGCACGACUGCCACGACCGGGGCCGGUGCGUGGACGGCCGGUGCCUGUGCCAAGAGGGCUUCGCCGGGGAGGACUGCGGGGAGCCGACCUGCCCCGGGGACUGCCACCAGCGGGGCCGGUGCGCCAACGGCCAGUGCGUGUGCGACGAGGGCUUCGCCGGGGCGGACUGCGGGGAGCUGGCCUGCCCCGACCGCUGCAACAACCGGGGCCGGUGCCUGGCCGGUCAGUGCGUCUGCAUCCACCCCUUCACCGGCCCGAGCUGCGCGCUCCUGGCGUGCGCCAACCACUGCAGCCACCGGGGCCGCUGCGUGGACGGGCGGUGCGUCUGCGACGAGGGCUACAUCCAGGAGGACUGCUCCGCCGUGUCUCCCGCCAAGAACCUAAAGGUAACCGAAGUGACUCCCGAAACCCUGGACCUGGAGUGGUACAACGAGGUGCGAGUGAACGAGUACUUGAUCACCUACGUGCCGACCAGCCCGGGGGGCCUGCAGCUGGAAAUGAGAGUGGACGGAGACAAGAUGUCGUCCACCGUCCAAGAACUGGAGCCCGGCGUUGAAUACUUCAUCAAUGUCUACGCCAUCCUGAACAACCACCGGAGCGUUCCCGUUAGUGCCAGGGUAGCAACGCAUCUGCCAACGCCAGAUGGAUUACGUUUCAAGUCAGUCAAAGAGACCUCGGUGCACGUGGCCUGGGACCCCCUGGAUAUUCCAUUCGAUGGCUGGGAGCUGGUGUUCAAAGCCCCCAAAGAGGACAAUGGAGAAAUUUCCCACAACUUGAAGCAGGACCAGCUCUCGGUUACUCAGACGGGCUUGGCGCCGGGAGAGGAAUAUGACGUCAGCCUCUACAUUAUAAAAAACCAAACCCGUGGGCCCGAGUUUAAAAAGCCCCUCACGACAAUGAUCGACUCACCGAGCGAGGUUGAGGUGAACAAAGUGACGGACACCACGGCCCACGUCACCUGGUUUAAACCAGCCGCCCGAAUCGAUGGGAUCAACCUGUCCUACGGGACCCCGGGGGGCGAGAGGACCACCGUCCAGCUUCCCGACACCGAGAGCACCCAUUCCAUCUCCGGCCUGGAACCCGACACGGAGUACCAAGUCUCCCUGGUCUCCAACCGUGGCCAAAUGCAAAGCGUCCCUGCCACCAACACCUUCAGAACAGAUAUCGAUGCCCCCCAAAACCUUAGGGUGGUGACUCAGACAGAUCAGAGCAUCACCUUGCAGUGGAAGAACACCAGAGCCCCUGCCGGCAGCUACAGGGUUAAGUACGCACCUCUCUCAGGAGGAAAACACAUGGAAACCAUCGUGGAGAGAAGCAAUGAAGCCAACACCAAAAUCACAAUGACUGGUCUCCAGCCAGGAACCGAGUACGGCUUUGGAGUCAGCGCCUUUCAGGGAAACAACAGAGAAAGUGCUCCUGCCACCAUCAACGCAGCAACUGAGUUGGAUGAUCCGAAGGAUUUGGAAGUGAGCGAGAGGACAGUGGACAGUAUCACCCUGCGGUGGCAUCGCCCACAGGCGGUGAUCAAGCAGUACCGCAUCUACUACAUCACGCCGUCCGGCCAGAGGAGCGAGCGGAUAGUCCGGGGGGACGCCAUCACCUUCAUUCUGGUGGACCUGGACGCGGGACUGGAGUACACCAUUACUCUGGUGGCCGAGAGAGAUAGUGAGAAGAGCCAAGGGGUCACCAUAACCUCUGCCACCGUCGGGUCCGAGAUGGAGUAUUCCGGGACCGGUGAGGGGGAGAUCAGUAACAUAACGGUUUCUGACGUGACCUCGGGAGGCCUCCGAGUUUCCUGGACGGCAGCCAUAGGAGUCUAUGAUCAUUUUGUCAUUGAAUAUAGAGAUGAGUUUGCCGGAGCCAGUGAUAAGGCAGAGGUUUCCGUGCCUGGUGAUGCUUUGUCAGCCGACUUAACAGGCUUAUCGCCCUCUACUCCAUAUAACAUUACUCUUUACGGAAUUGUUGGUGAUCAACGCUCACAGCCUCUGAACACUGUGGUCGGCACAGCUUCCCUAACCACCCCGUUUGAGGAGCCGGCAUCUCACACAGCAGCCCCCACAGCUCAGCUCCACAGAGAAGCCAGCCUCACCCCCCACUCGCCCACAAUUGACUCAGGAAAAGGGGUGACGCGUAGCAAACUGGGAGACCUCACUGUGACAGACGCUACGUCGCAAAGCCUUAAGCUCUCUUGGAAUGCGGGAAACGGAUCUUUUGACAGUUUCCUGGUUGUGGUCAGAGAUUCUGCCGGGGUUUACCGACCACUGGAAAUACCAUUAAGCGGUGACAUUCGUAACGCAGAGGUGUCCGGCCUCUCGGAUAGCACACACUAUAAGGUAUAUUUAUACGGAGUGACAGGAGAGUGGCGUUCAGACCCUUUGAAAGCAGACAUCACAACAGAGGCAGAGCCUGAACUUGGCAACCUAAUGGUCUCAGAUAUUACGCCCAGCAGCUUCAAGCUCUCUUGGACAGCGCUGGGGCCAUACGAAGGCUUUGAUGUAGAAAUAAGAGACUCUGAUGGGUUGCUGGACCCAAUAAACCUCACGCUGGCAGCCGAUGUGCGCUUUCUAGACGUCCCGCAACUAUCUGCUGACACUGAUUAUGAGAUUUCCUUCUAUGGGUUAAUUCAUGGGCAGCGGACAAAACCUCUGUAUGCUGAAGCGAGCACAGAAGCUGAACCAGAAUUGGACAACUUGUCAGUUUCCAAUGUAACCUCCGACGGCUUCACCCUGACCUGGACGACAGACGACAGUGCCUUUGAUAUCUUUCAUAUUAAAAUUAGGGAUUCCCAAAAGGAAUCUGCCCCCCUGGACCACUCAGUGGCAGGGGAGCUUCGCACAGCUGACAUCCGAGGUCUGAGAGACGGCACCGAGUACGAGAUAACCGUUCAUGGUAUUGCUGAGGGCCAGCGGUCACAGGCAUUAAGUACUGUGGCCAACACAGCUCUGGGAGCUCCGAGGGGUCUCCGGUUCGAAAACGUCACAGACAGCACAGUGACACUCAGAUGGGACCAUCCAAGGGCAAAAGUCAACAGCUUUAGGAUCACUUAUGUACCAACUGACGGAGGUGCGUUUCAGAGUGUGGUUGUGGAUGGCACCAAGACAAAAACCACUCUGUACAAACUCAUCCCGGCCACUGAAUAUCGAAUCACCAUCGUGUCUCUCAAAGGGUUUGAGGAAAGUGAAUCCAUUUCAGACACCGUGCUCACAGUUCUGGACAACCCUUCUGCCUUGGGAGUCGUGAACGUCACUGAUUCGGAAGCGCUGCUGGUGUGGCAACCAACCAUCGCUGCAGUGGACGGUUACGUUAUCGCCUACACUGCUGAUUACGGUAUUACGGAAACAGAGCAGGUUUCGGGGAAUACCGUACAGGCUGAACUCAUCUCCCUCCACCCGGGCACUCACUACACUGUGUGGAUGCACGCAGUCAAAGGCUCUCUGCAGAGUUUGGUUUCUUCCACUACAUUCACAACAGCUAUCGACCCUCCCACAGACCUGCGAGCAAGUGAAAUUACCACCAACAACGCACUCCUCUCGUGGAAGGUUCCCACGGCCCAGAUCACCGGCUACACUCUGACGUUGGAGUCCACGGAUGGCAACAUGCAGCAGGUCGUGCUCAGUGACACCGACACGUCCUACAGUUUGGCUCAGCUGGUCCCGUCGAUGAGGUACCACGUGAAACUCCAGGCCAACAAGGGAUCCCAGAGAAGCAAAAUAGCAGAGACGUUUUUCACAGCAGGCCGUGUUUUGUACCCACACCCUAAGGAUUGCUCACAGACCUUGUUGAACGGCGAGGCCAGUUCUGGACUCUACACCAUAUUCUUGAACGGAAACAUGUCAGAUCCACUGAAGGUGUACUGUGACAUGACCACUGAUGGCGGUGGAUGGGUGGUCUUUCAGAGGCGGCAGAACGGAAACGUCAACUUCUAUAGAAACUGGAGGAAUUACAGUGCCGGGUUUGGUGAUCCCUCAGAUGAGUUCUGGCUGGGACUUCAAAGCCUUCACAAGAUAACGUCCCACGGCCGUUACGAACUACGUGUGGACCUGCGAGAUGAGGGUAACUCGGCGUACGCUGUCUACGACAAGUUCCUGGUGACAGAUCCCAGAAGUCGCUACAAGCUGCACAUUGGGGAGUACAGCGGGACCGCAGGUGAUUCUCUGACUUACCACCAGGGCCGGCCAUUCUCCACCAAGGACAGAGACAAUGACAUAGCCGUCACCAACUGCGCUCUGUCCUACAAGGGCGCUUGGUGGUACAAGAACUGCCAUCGGGUCAAUCUGAACGGAGUCUACGGAAAUCGCCGCCACAGCCAGGGCAUCAACUGGUACCACUGGAAGGGACACGAGCACUCCAUCAGUUUCGUGGAGAUGAAAUUGAGACCUCACAACUUCCGAGACCUGCAACAGAGAAAGAGGCGCCAACCCGCAGCCCGCUGAGCCGGCCGGCCGGUCGUCCGUCUGUCUGUUUGACCGCCCGUCCGUCCGUCCGUCCGUCAAGCACAAAAAAAACACACACAGGUUCACAAUGUACAGGAAGCAUCAUUAACAAUAGCUGAUAACCGAGAGACUGUGUAACAUGGGUCUUGUCUUGGCUCUCUCUCUCUCUCUCUCUCUCUCACCCCGUCCUCCACGGGACUCGGUUCCACUUCUGUUUAAACACCAAAGAUCUUUUUUUUUUGAA